AUGAUAGGAAAGUCUAUCUCGGCGUAUAUCUUUAUUCGAUUUAUUAUCCUCUGCCUCCGUUCUGUCAUUUUUAUGAGUCUGUCUUAUUCAAUGUGGCUCGUGUUCUCGCCUUGUUUGGCGGUCUUCCACCCAGUACAUGUUCCCUUGCCAAUUGAUAUAUAUCUCCGAGCGGAAGCAGCCUUCCUCAUCCUUUUUUUCGUACCGUAUAGAUACUUUUUACAGCAUUCAACCUACCAUGUUAAGCCCCUACCUCUAAUAGAGAGACGACACUUAUUCAACUGUUGCAUGAGUAAUGUGACUGAGCCAGAAGUGUACUUGCAGCGGUGGUUCAACAAUGCAAAGCGCGAAGAAAUUAAAAGGGAUAACUUGAAGGACUUCAUCAGAUGGGCCUUUUUCAACGACAACCAGACAGAUGGACAGACUGAGGAAAUCGAGAUUUACACAGCACAGAUGGAAAAGCUUCUCAAGAGGGAGCUGCCGUUAGGGAAAGGUAGUGCGGAGCAUAUGGGACGAAAAGUAAGCCGAGGGCAUUGCUCUCAUCGCAGCAUUCUGUGGUAUCUUUGUAUCUUCAUGGUUGAUGCAGUUACAAUUUGCUUAAUGAAGUAUAAUGGAUUCCAUUUCCAUCGCACUUCGCGCAUGCGAAUUUUUACGCUCUUCCCCCCUCGACCGUUUACAUUGUUGGCCUCUGGUAGAUCGCCGGCGACCCACCUUACUUAUUGGUUCAGAAAACACACAGCAAAGAACAGGUUACCGGUACUGUUCCUGCAUGGAAUCGGAGUCGGAUUGUACCCCUACACUAGUUUCUUACAUGAAUUAACCACUCAUACGCAGCAUGAAACAGAUGAUGGUGAGAUUGGUGUCAUCGCCCUGGAGAUCAUGCCUGUCAGCUCGCGAAUUACUCACCCAGCACUCAGCAAAGACGACAUGGUAUCGGAGAUCCAUUCAAUUGUAGAACACCAUAGAUGGGGACGCUUUGUUUUGGUCUCUCAUUCCUACGGCUCCAUAAUCGCGACCCAUGUCAUAAAAUCCCCAGUUACCGCCACACUCGCUGGUCCUCUUGUUUUCAUAGAUCCCAUCUGCUUUCUCCUCCAUCUACCCGAGGUGACCUAUAACUUCCUAGUCCGCAAGCCAGUUCACGCAAAUGAACAUCAAUUGUAUUACUUUGCAAGCAGCGAUAUUGGUGUUGCAGACACUCUGGCUAAGCACUUUUGCUGGAGUGAGAGCAUACUAUGGAAGAAAGACCUUAUGAUCGAGGAGCAAGGCAAUUGGCAAAGUCAAAGAGAUACUAUCGUUGUGUUAAGUGGUCGGGAUUUGAUCGUAGAUACGCAGGCUGUCAGGAAAUAUCUCCUCAACAGUCUUGUGUCAAGAAAAAUGGUCACAAAUGGCGAGAAGGCACUAAUAGGGCGACCUGAGGCUCCCAACGUUCAAAUGCGAGCUGGGCAAUGGAAGCCGCCACGGAUAGAAGUUAUCUGGUAUGAGAUGUUGGAUCAUGCGCAGGUGUUUGAUAACCAAGAAACGAGGAAGCCCAUUGUUACAGCCAUCAAGAAGUACGCUGCCAAGUACAGAGUACCGAGAGGAUGA